UCAGAUAUCCUUUGAGACUGCAAAAACUAUUUAAAGAAAGAAGAAGGCAUGAGACUGGAUUCCGUACAGUAAAGUAGGUUAGUCUGAGGACAAGAAAAUAAGUCAUUAUUUGCACCUCCUUGUGCUGCCGUGAUGAGAACUUACCAUUGCUUCUGGCUGCUGUUUUGGGCUGGUCAGCCCCACCAAACUUUCUUAACUUUGUUGUCCAAAAGGACUAGUGGCUUCCCAGAAAAGGAAAAGGUUUUGGUAUUGUCUGGAAACAGCAGGAAAGACUUCAAUCGUUCCAAAAGGAGCUGGAUGUGGAAUCAGUUCUUUUUAUUGGAGGAAUAUACAGGGACCGACUACCAAUAUGUUGGCAAGCUGCAUUCAGAUCAGGAUAAAGGAGAUGGAUCACUUAAGUACAUCCUUUCCGGAGAUGGAGCAGGAGACCUCUUCAUUAUCAAUGAAAACACUGGUGACAUCCAGGCCACAAAGAGACUGGACAGGGAAGAAAAGCCUGUAUACAUACUUCGUGCCCAGGCUAUAAACAGAAGGACUGGAAGACCAGUGGAACCAGAAUCUGAAUUCAUCAUUAAGAUCCAUGACAUCAAUGACAAUGAGCCAAUGUUUACAAAGGACAUUUACAAUGCCAGCAUUCCCGAAAUGUCAGAUGUUGGCACCUUUGUUGUACAAGUCACUGCAACUGAUGCUGAUGAUCCUACUUAUGGGAACAGUGCUAAAGUUGUCUACAGCAUUCUCCAGGGACAACCGUAUUUCUCUGUCGAAUCUGAGACAGGCAUUAUUAAAACUGCUUUGCUAAAUAUGGACCGUGAAAACAGGGAACAAUACCAAGUGGUCAUCCAAGCUAAGGACAUGGGAGGCCAGAUGGGCGGAUUAUCAGGAACCACCACCGUGAACAUCACACUGACUGAUGUAAACGACAAUCCACCGCGCUUCCCCCAGAGCACAUAUCAAUUCAGAGCACCUGAGUCUACUUCACCUGACUUACCAAUUGGCAGAAUAAAAGCUAAUGAUGCUGAUGUGGAUGAAAAUGCAGAGAUUGAAUACAGCAUUACUGAGGGGGAUGGAUAUGACAUGUUUGGAAUCAUCACAGACAAGGACACACAGGAAGGAAUUAUAACCGUCAAAAAGGCAUUGGAUUUUGAAAAUAAAAAUCUGUAUAUUCUCAAAGUGGAAGCUACCAAUACUCACGUGGACCCUCGAUUCCUCUACCUGGGGCCAUUCAAGGACUCAGCUACAGUCAGAAUUCAGGUGGAGGAUGUAGAUGAACCCCCAGUGUUCAGCAGACCAGCAUAUAUAAUUGAAGUGAAAGAAGAUGUUCCAAUAAACAGCAUAAUAGGAACAGUAACAGCUCAGGAUCCAGACGCUGCCAAGAACCCUGUCAAGUAUUCUGUAGAUCGACACACUGAUAUGGACAGAGUAUUCAACAUCAAUUCAGGAAAUGGUUCGAUAUUUACUUCAAAACCCCUUGACCGGGAAACAUUGCUAUGGCACAACAUUACAGUAAUAGCAGCAGAGAUCAAUAACCCAAAACAAAGCAGCCGUGUCCCAGUGUUCAUUAAGGUUUUGGAUGUAAAUGACAAUGCCCCAGAGUUUCCCAUGUUUUACGAGACCUUCGUCUGUGAAAACGCAAAGGCAGAACAGCUGAUACAAACACUAAGUGCCGUCGAUAAAGAUGACUCUUUCAGUGGACACCAAUUUUCAUUCUCCUUAGCGCCUGAGGCAGCCAGCAGUUCAAAUUUUACACUCCAGGACAACAGAGACAACACAGCAGGGAUUUUCACCCGAAAAACCAGAUAUAACCGGCAUGAAAUGAGUACCUACCUCUUGCCAGUGGUAAUAUCAGAUAAUGACUACCCUAUCCAGAGCAGCACCGAAACAGUGACUAUUCGAGUAUGUGCAUGUGACCAUCGAGGAAAGAUGUUGUCCUGUAAUGCAGAAGCCUUGAUUCAUCCUACUGGUCUUAGCACUGGGGCUCUAAUUGCUAUUCUUCUCUGUAUCAUUAUAUUACUAGUUACAGUUGUGCUGUUUGCAGCACUGAGACGGCAACGGAAAAAAGAGCCUUUGAUUAUUUCCAAAGAGGACAUCAGAGACAACAUUGUCAGUUAUAACGACGAAGGUGGUGGAGAGGAAGAUACCCAGGCAUUUGAUAUUGGCACACUGAGGAAUCCCGAAGCCAUAGACGAUAAUAAAUUACGCAGAGACAUCGUGCCAGAAACACUUUUUAUGCCACGGCGGACUGCAGCAGUGCGAGAUAACACAGAUGUCAGAGAUUUCAUUAACCAAAGGUUAAAGGAAAAUGAUAUCGAUCCAACCGCACCCCCAUAUGACUCAUUAGCAACCUACGCAUAUGAAGGUAAUGGUUCUGUGGCAGAGUCCCUCAGCUCCUUGGAGUCAGUGACUACAGAUGGAGAUCAGGACUACGAUUACCUCAGUGACUGGGGGCCUCGAUUUAAAAAGCUGGCAGACAUGUAUGGCGCAAUGGACAGUGACAAAGACUGUUAAUCUGUUGCCUUUUUCUUUUUUUCAUUUUCAGAAACAGCAUUGAGAUAUGUGAAGUGGCUAUUUCUUUCUAUUUCUCCACAGCUCUGUGAAAGGGUUCUCUAUUCUACCAGUUCUAAUUGUCUAAUGACUGCAGUCUGUGUGGCUCAACUGUCAGAAAACUUUUUCUAGUAUCAUUUCAUGAGCUUCCAAGAGGCAAAGUUAUUAUUUUUUAGUGGAUCCAGUUUACCAAGUCAAUCUUACAGGUACAGGAGUAGAGGAGAGAAAAAAGGAUCAGAUGGGGAGCAAUAUUUUUAUUUGUUCUGCUUAUAUUGUAAAUUGGAGUAUAUUACUGUUUAAGCUCACUUACUCUUUUACUUGUAUUUGGAUUACUCGGCUCAGACAACUGCUCUGUUGAUUGUGUAUUGCACAUCCUUAUGUAAUGAGGUACCCUAGUUUAACCUAUGUAUUAUAGUCAAAAGUAGUGGUGGUGGAAUGGAGGUUUAUUACAAAAGUAGAGUCCGCUGAGAAAAACCAUCAAACAUGCAUUUUACUCAUGAAGAGGGUAGAAAGGCCUAAUGGUCAUUCAAAUCUAAGUGUUUUUCUAGAGCUUGCCAUUGCCCCCAAUGCACUGAAUCAUAUUAACACACACAUAUAAAUAUGUAUUUCAUUGACUGCUAUGUAUAUAUUCUCCUGACCUAGCAUUGCUGGAGAUGCGUGUGCGUGCAUGUGUGUGUGGUCAGUAGCCCCUAUAUCUAAUUCUUGGACAGUAUCCAAGUUCUAAAUCAGACUUGCCUUGUGAUAUGAGGCAAGUCAUCUAAUCCAAGUCCAGAUUAGACCGUGACUUGGAGGAAGGAGCAGAACAAAAACUUUUCUUUGUACUUUUGAUGGCUUCCACCUGCACAUCAGUUCAGCGGUGCUGGCCGCUGUGCUGGGGUCACGGGAGUUAGGCUUUUCAUAUCCAUCUACUUCUGCCUGUUCUCAUGUGCAGGAGGGGAGUGGUUGCUUUAAAGUGACUACCUCCCACUGAGGCAAGAGAAGGAACUGCAUAGGAGGAAAGGAGUACUUUUAUGCCCUGAACUCCCCUGCUUGGAUGCCCAGGGUGGCUCCCUGACUGACUCUCUGUCCAGUUUUGCCAUCUGUUAAGUGGGGAAAUAAUGCCUACCUCAUCAGGAUGUUGCAAGGAUUAGAUGAGUCAUUUGGACAAUGCUUCAGAGAGCGAAGAUGAUGGCAUUCUGCCACAGGAAGUAAUUUCUCAUUCUUUUUGGAUUUGAUUUGCUGUUUCAAGCCCUGAAUGCACAAGUGAGAAUCAACUGUAGUUCCAGCAGCCUGAAAAGUAGGGUUUAUAACUAUUACUCUCUUUCUAAUAAAUUAGUCAGCUAGCGUCAUUAAAGACUUCACUAAGAGAGAGCAUUUUAAACACAAGUGCUCAGUGCAUGUGUUUAUCUGCUUUGCCAAGUUAAGUGAUUUUUGUCAAGGCAGGGGGGAAGGGAUUACUAUAGUACUCAGACCAAAACCUUUUCUUUACAGCUGGGUGCAUCACCCAGUACUUCUGUUGGUCUGCCAAGAACAUGCAGUAGCAGCUAUUCAAACCCAGACACUUUAGUACCCAGAGAUACUAUUUAGAGAAAAUCCUGAGUGGUGGCCAAGAGGCCCACCCAGUUCCAGGAGCUAAAAGCAUUCCUGAGUCCCACAGUAGGGAGCUGUGACACCAUACCAAGGAAAGGGGGACUUUUAUAUAUAUGUAUGUAUGUGUAUAUACAUAUAUAUUAUAUAUAUGCACAUAUAUCCCUCACAAAUAACUAAUCUAAUUUAUUUCAUUUUCAAAACAGUAUUUCAUACUAGAAUUACAGGCAUGGAUUGAUUCCCCAUCCCCACUCCUUGCAAUCAAUUUGCAAGUGAAUCAAUUUGAAAACCAAAUAAUUUACUCAAAAAAUAAAAUACAAGGAAAAAAGUUCACAAACAGAAAUUAAAAGGGAUUAAAAAUUAGUCCCUGGAAUUCAUUACUCAGAGUUAAAUAAGGAGAGUAGCAGGAUGCAAGACUAUUAAAAAUUUAUGAGCAUGACAACAUAAUUUCAGAUUUUGCAAACCAGCUCACACCUAAAGGACAAGCAGCCUAUAUGUGAUGUCCUCCCAUGACCAGAAAGGACUCCUUUGCAGGAGAUCAUUACACAAUUGCAAGUUUAAACCAAGGCAGCUAGUGGUUCAUAGAUGCUCAGCACUAUAGAUAAGAUGGGUUGUCAGAGUGGAGAGGGUCCAGAGUUUUGAAAGCUGCUGAGCCUCCAGUCUCACUGAGGCCUCUCAAGGUACUUUAUUCCAGUGGAGUUAGGUGCCUGAGCCUGCUGUGCCUGUCACAACGGCAAUGACGCAGCUAGGCUCUUCUAACAUUCUCCUAAGGAUCUCUCUGCGAUUUAAGAUGAUACCUUUAAAAGUCUAGCCCUUCAUGGCUUCCUUGAAAUCAGAGCAUCCAGGAAGCAGCCUGUUCGAAACCGGGCUCUGGUAUACAAGACAGAUCAUCUGUUUCCAAAAUGUUUUUCAGCAGCAUGGGAAGAGAAGUAGAUGCUUGACCCCACCUACUGCAGGCUCCUCACUUUGGGCUGGUCUCCUCAUGCUGUCAGUGGAGAGGUGACAGUGCCCUUCAGGGGGCUUUUUCAAGUAGGAGCCUCACUUUGGUGCUCCACACUGCUCCCUGAAAGGUGCCUAUUUCUCGCUCUUGGCAGUACAGGGAGCACAGGGCAGCCUGCCUCAAACUCAGAACGACACUAGAUGUCUAGAGUUAGUGAAUUCUCCCAGGAAACAGAUCUGCGUGGGGAGAGGACAGCAAGGGUGGCUGUAAGACCUUCUAGACCUGUGGAUGCCCAGGAGUUUGGCGCUACAAGCCAUUCCCAGCCCAAAGGGAAGAGGGACACGCUGUCACUUGACUGAAGGCAGCCCUUACACUUGCCUCCACACAGGGAGCCUGCCCAUAACCCUGAAAGGACCGGACCGAUCUGCAAGUAAAUUUGCCUUAGUCCCUCUUUGAGAUGGAAUAACAAGAUAGGGGUGGAUCACUGAUCUCCCUGUAACUAUUCUCCUAUGUUCAUACAGCGAUUUUGUCCAAUUUAGUGAUAGUUAGUAACAAGUUAAGCUCAAGUUUUGCUUUUUUUUUUUUUCAUAGAUGGUUUUAUCUUGUCCAACGAGUGACACAGUAAAUGGAGAGUGGCUACUUGCGCCUAUUGUGUAAAUAUAUUUUAUAUAAAUUAUGUAAUGACACAAAUGUGGUGCCUGAAUAGCAGAUGGAUUCUUCUAAAAACAAACAAAACAUUUGAGGAAAAUGCAUAACUCAUAUUUGAAUUAUUAUUUACACAUCCAGGUUUUGAAGUCUUUUUCCGUCCACAAAUUAGACAAAUUUAGUGUCUCUCCUGCACAGCAAGGGGAGUUCAAUUCUGACUUUCCUUCUUUCUUGGCAGUAUCACAAAGUAUAGUUUAAAAGAUUGGUGCUGCGUAUUAAAUAUUUAAAAUGCCAUAUUGCAGUGAAUACAAAACUUUGCAGUAGUAUUUCUUUGCACCUUCUUGCAUGCCAGAGUGCUAGAUGAUAUAGAAACGUGUAUUCUACAAUGCUUUCACACGAUGCUAGAAUUGUCUUUUAUAGAUAAAGAAGCAUUAGAUUAUCCACAAGGUGGAUUUCAAGGUUGCAUUAAGAAACACUGCUCCUAUUAGAACCUUAUCUAUUUGAGAAGAAGAAAGAAUGUUAAGGGACUUAGCUAAGCCAGACAGAGAUGAGCAACGCAGUUCACUUUUCAUUCGAAAAAGCAUCUGAUCUAAAAACAGAGGAGCUAUUAAGAGACAUCAAGGAGUUCCGUGCAGUUAAUGUGAAAUAAGGGCCUGUUUACAUGGGUGAAAUUCCCAGCCUUGCUAUUGCAGAACAAUAACAUCUCUACAGUUAUAAUAGACUAAGGAUUCUAACGUAGCUAUUCCAUUCCAACUCCCAAAGCGGCCACUUUAUUCCAGAAGAAGAAAAGAGAUUUUAUAUAUUUUGUUAGCUGUCAGGUCUUACUUCACUCUGUGGAAAGGUAUUUCAUAGCUGUAAAAUGUGAAUGGGAGAGGCAUUCUUCAAAUUAUUAAGUUUUGCAAGUAGUAGUCUACAUUACAUGGCACAACAUUUUUACUUCUCUGUCACAGAAAGAAAAAAAAAAUAAUUAACUGAACUUGUUAAUUGUUAAUUUACUUAUGAAUCCCAUAAAAAGCAGUAUGGUCAUAAACAAGUGGAGCAGGGAAAAAUGGCUAUGGAAAUGUGUGUGCACAUGGAUAUAUGCACAGUAUGAAUAAAAAGAGGAAAAUAAUGAACAUUGGCAACUGGACACAUUUCUAAUUCAGACUUAUCCAUGUUGAGCAGGGACGAUAGUGCAGAGCCACUUCUAACACCUCCAGAAUUCCUAGAGCAGCCAGAGGGAGUUUUGCAUGGAUAGGGAGCAAGAUACUAUCUUCUUUUGGAAGAAGCAAAAGAAAUUCAGUCUAUUUUGAUUCAAAUCUCUAGGGAAGAAAGUCCCCACUGUUGAUGAACUGCUGCAAGUUUCUGAUGAUUAUUAUUAAAGCAUGUUAAACUUCUGCAACAGAUCUAUCUUGUUGGCCUUCUGCAGCAGUGGUCAGUGAACUAUGGCCAGUGAUUUCUGAGCAGGUAACUGGGGACACCAUUAUGUUAGCUCUCCCCAACAGGGAGUGUGUUUUAAAUCCCUCUUUACUUCAUUGCUAUAACAGGUAUUAAAGUGUUUUAGAAGACCACAGUCCCAGCUGGGUGCUGCCAUCUCCUGCCCCUUUGUGUUUCAAUUAACACUGCAGUCUGAGCUCCCUUGUCAAAUGAGAGCUGACAAAUUAACAGGCACUUCGCUACUUCUGACUAGUACGUUGUAUUUCGUAAAUUGUGAAAGGCAGUGUUCUCUUCAGCCCCUCUAGAACUGUGAAACAGCAGCCUCCUCCAAUAAAUGUCAAAUCACAACAUUUUAAUGUUUGGUAUUUAGAAAGAACUGUUUUCUAAAAGACUGUUUCUGUAUUUAAAAAAGAAGAGUUAACAAAAGCAUAUUUAAAGUCUAGAGCCUCACACGCUGCUCCAGUAGGAAGGGAAAAGCACAGUAGUCAACUCACUUGAGAAAGGAGGGAAGAUGUCUUUCAUGUUUUAAUGCCAGUCUGUCCCCUCAGCCGUUUUAUUUCGGCACAGCAGAGGCAAUCUUGACCAUGCCCAUCGUUCUGCAGUCGUACACUUUUUGGCCCAGACCUGCAUUCAUCAUACACUUGUUAUGAACAGUUCAUAAAAUUCAGCAGUGGGUAUCUAAAAACCAUGUCUGGGGUUACAGGGCAUCCAAGAGUGAGAAAAUGGGGAGUUUCAGGAAGAAGAGCAGAAAAAUAAUUGCAUGGGGUUUAGGGUAGAGGGUAGUCAGUCAUAUACAAGGCAGCCCCACAGCACUUAAAAGCCAGAAAGCUGUCAUAUUACGCAUAGUUACUAGGUUUCAAAGGAGUUUUUUUUAACAGAACCUGCUCUUAUUUCUUCUGCAUGUUUCUUUUCCUUUCAAAAAAAUAAAAAAGACAGGAGCUGCAAACUUUAAAAUUUCCCCUUCCACAAAGUUGAUUUGACAAAUAAGGCACAAGUUCAGCACAUAGAGAAUUCCCUUCCACUUCGACAGGCUUUUGACCUUUCCUAAGAGACUGCACUAUUUAUGUAAAUAUACCUGGAGACACUUUCUAUAAGCUUUUAGUUUUCUAUGAUUAUUACUUUAGUGUUUAUUAAAGAAACAAAUGUAUAGAAUUAUUAAGCAUUCAGGUAAAAACAACAAAGAAGCAACACUGCAAACAUGAAAUUGUCUUGGAUUUUGACACAUGAAAACUCUUCAGAAUCACUGUACUGUUUUAAUUCUGUGAUUACUUUGAUUGCUUUGAAAAUUAAACUUAAAAAAAAAAAAGGCCUUAUAAUAAAUGCUAUGUGCAUCUUAACUGUGUUACUGAGCUAAAUCAAUCUGGCAAACUCCUAUUGCAAUCUGUGAUUUUUAAACCCUUAAAAUAAAUGCUUUUCGGUAUUGAUUUUUUUAAUUAAAAAUACUUCCAAGCAUAAAUUGAAACUGAUGCCAUCACCUGGGAGGAUUUACUUGCUGGCAUGCUCCAGCCGCACAGUCCCUCGCAACGUCAUCCCCUUGUUCUAUGAGGGAGCCUGAGCAUCAGAUGGAAACGGUCACCAGUCAGCAUAGAGGAACAUUUGUGAGCGAUAAGAUUUCUGUCACUCAAGAGGCUUACACCUAGAAGCUUCCUGUAUUACAAAGGGCCCCAUGCAGAAAUGCUUAUCUCUCUUGCAGCAUGGCUGGGCAAUUUGUUAUGGUCAGAUGGCAAGUGUGCACUCUCUCCCUUAUAUUUCUUGUUCACUGUAAUGGCUUUUGGGGGGUGGGAGGGGGGAAGAAAUUUAUGGAUUUAAUGAGAAACCAAUUUGAACAACGAUUUCUCACAGAUAGAGUGAAUUUGCCUUUUUGCAAAUUGA